AUGUUUAGAACAGCGGCGAGGAGCUUCGCAGUCUCUGCGCGGCGGGGCGCAGACAGCGUCAGCCAAUUCGAAGCUGCCCACCAGACGGCAAUUGGUAUCUCCAAAGCCCAAGGCAUUGGACAACGGGGCUUCAUUGACGCCAUUGGCAAAACGCCCCUCAUUCGCCUCAAAAAACUGUCCGAGGAAACAGGCUGUAAUGUGCUCGGCAAAGCGGAAUUCCAGAACCCAGGCGGCUCCGUAAAAGACCGCGCCGCCCUCUUCGUCGUUGAAAAUGCAGAGAAGCAAGGACUGUUGAAACCUGGGGGCACCUUCUGCCGCUCCAAAGGCUACCAGCUCGUCAUUUACAUCCCCAACACGCAGUCACAAGGAAAAAUCGACCUGCUACGGCUCCUAGGCGCAGAAGUCCACCCUGUACCAGCCGUUGCCUUUGACAAUCCAGAAAACUACAACCAUCAGGCCAAACGGCAUGCCGAGCGCUUAGACAACGCCGUAUGGACAAACCAAUUCGACAAUGUUGCGAACCGGCAGGCGCACAUUGAGACCACUGGGCCAGAAAUCUGGUACCAGACCCAAGGCGAAAUCGACGCCUUCACCUGCGCAACGGGCACUGGCGGCUCCCUGGCCGGGGUAACACGCUAUCUCAAGGAAAAAAGCAACGGGCGCGUUCAAAGCUUCCUCGCCGACCCUCCCGGCUCCGUCCUCCACUCGUACAUCCAGUCUGGCGGCAAACUGCAAGAACGCCAGGGCGGCUCCAUCACAGAGGGCAUCGGCCAGGGCCGCGUUACCGACAAUUUGAAACCAGACAUUGACCUCCUCGACGGCUCCUUGCACAUUAGCGACGAGAAGACUAUCGAAAUGGUAUACAGAUGUCUGGAUGAAGAGGGCCUCUACCUUGGUGCUAGCUCUUGCCUCAAUGUCGUCGCCGCAAAGGAGGUCGCGGAGAAAUUGGGCAAAGGACACACUGUCGUCACCCUCCUCUGCGACGGCGCAUAUCGCUAUGCAGACCGUCUGUUCUCGAAGAAGUGGCUGCAGCAGAAGAAUCUGCAUGAUGCUAUUCCCCAGCACUUGAAGAAAUAUAUCGUGUUGGAGUAG